GAAUGAAAGAGAGCUUGGAUGUGAGCAACAGAACUCUGGGUCCAGUGCUGAGAGGAGACAGGCGAGCAGGGAGCCCCAGGAGCCAAGCCUGCCCGCUCGCUGGAAGGGACCGCUCCUGGCGUGACUCAGCUUCCUUCCCUGCAGAGAGAACCGAGGCUCCCCGUGACCUCCGCCAUGUGGAAUGCCUCAGAUGCCAGCUUCUCCUGUUACCACGAGUCUGUGCUAGGCUACCGUUACGUGGCAGUCAGCUGGGGUGUGCUGGUGGCUGUGACGGGCACCGUGGGCAACGUGCUCACCCUGCUGGCUCUGGCCAUCCAGCCCAAGCUCCGAACCCGUUUCAACCUGCUCAUUGCCAACCUGACACUGGCCGACCUCCUCUACUGCACCAUCCUGCAGCCCUUCUCCGUGGACACCUACCUCCACCUGCAUUGGCGUACUGGUGCCACCUUCUGCAGGGUCUUUGGGCUCCUGCUUUUCACUUCCAAUUCUGUCUCCAUUCUCACCCUCUGCCUCAUCGCAGUGGGGCGCUAUCUCCUCAUCGCACACCCCAGGCUCUUUCCCCGAGUUUUCAGUGCCAAGGGAUUAGUGCUGGCCCUGGUGGGCACCUGGGUGGUGGGGGUGGCUAGCUUCGCCCCACUCUGGUCUGUCUAUAUCUUGGUAUCUGUGGUCUGCACCUGCAGCUUCGACCGCAUCCGAGGCCGUCCAUACACCACCAUCCUCAUGGGCAUCUAUUUUGUGCUGGGGCUCAGCAGUGUGGGCAUCUUUUACUGCCUCAUCCACCGCCAGGUGAAACGGGCAGCACAGGCGCUCGACCAGUACAAGCUGCAACAGGCCAGCGUGCGCUCCAACCACGUGGCUGGCACCCACGACGCCAUACCUGGUCGUUUCCAAGAGCUGGACAGCGGGGUGGCCUCUGGAAGGCCCAGUGAAGGGACUUCAUCUGAGCCAGAAAGCACUGCCACCACCCAGACCCAGGAAGGAGACUCUGCAGAAGCAGGAGCACCGAGCCACAACAAGGUAGCCAAACAGACAGCACCAAAAAGCCAUUCCCACCCACAGACGCCUGCCAAGGCCCGGCCAGCCACAGGCGCGCGAAGAGCUCACGACUCCCCGUCCGAGUUUGGAAAAGUGACCCGGAUGUGUUUCGCUGUGUUCCUCUGCUUCACUCUCAGCUACAUUCCCUUCUUACUGCUUAACAUCCUGGACACCAAGGUCCAGGCUCCGCGGGUGGCCCACAUGCUUGCUGCCAACCUCACCUGGCUCAACAGCUGCAUCAACCCCGUGCUCUUUGCCGCCAUGAACCGCCAGUUCCGCCAAGCCUACGGCUCCCUCUUAAAACGCGGGCCCCAGAGUUUCCAGAGGCUGCGUUAGCCACACUGUGUCCUUGCUGCUGCAGAGCCAGAGUGCCCAGCGGAGGCUAGGACAGGUGAGAGCCACGCCUGGACAUGUAAAUUCACGGCCAUCUCUCUUCCCCCUGCCUGGAGCUGUGUUCCAGCCCUGGGCCGCCCAAUAGCAUUCUUCCUUACUAAUAAAGGAGUUCUGUGCGUUAAGGGCCAGUCUCUGGUUGGUUUGAGUUUCGGGAGGGGGUCCCGUGCCAGGGUAGGGGCGGGAAACAGCUAGUCUGAUCUUCAGCUGAGGGGAGUCCAAGGCUCCAAGGAUUAGCAACUGUUAAGCUGCCUGUCGGAGGGCCUGACACAAUGGCUCAAUUGG